GGGAACCAGAGGAACCAGGGAACCAGAGGAACCAGAGGAACCAGGGAACCAGGGGAACCAGGGGAACCAGAGAGACCAUGGCGAGCACUCAGCAGUUCGCUCUGGAGUACCUUCAGAACGGCCGCAGGUCCCUCGAGACCCACCUCCAGAACCCCUCCAUGGUGACUGAACUACUGAGAGAUCUCAACAUCGUCCCAGAGAAGGUGGUGCGAAAGGUCAGGUCGUACAAGAAGAGGUCAUCCCAGACGAAAGUGCUACUCAACGAGGUCACCAAGAGGGGAGAGGUUGCCAGUUAUGAGCUGUUGAAGAUUCUGUACGAGAACAGGCACAAAACGUUACCCAGAACUCAGUCCAAGCUGGGCCCAGAUUUACACCAGUGGAUCAGCUGCUUCUCCUUUGCAGAGGACCCUGAUUUACAGAGUGGUCCAGUUUCAGACCUGGGGCCAUGCGAGAGAUACAGGAAACAGCUGAAGAUGAAAGCAACAGAGGUGGUCCAAGCGAAGCUGGACCGCAGCAUGAACUUCCUCAGAGACAAGUGGAAAGCCUUUACCUACAUCCCUCUUGUCUUAGACACAGAAAAGAGUGACUUGUCCAAAAUCAAGUGCAAAGGGUACAAAAAGGCACGUGAAAAAAAACUGAAGACUUACAUCCCAAGGGACAAAGGAAAACUAUCCCUCGAUCAUUUACUGAAAACCAACGAAAAGAACAUUCUGCUUGUCGGGAAACCAGGCAUCGGGAAAACAACCGUUGUGGAGCAACUCCUGCGGCUCUGGACGGAGAACGAACAUUCUGAAGAGGGUUACAUGUUCUACUUUGACGAGCCAGCGAUGAGGUCCAUAUCUCAUUCCUCGGAGCCGUCCACCCUCCGGUCUCUGCUUUUCGACAGAUACGUCCGUCCAGAGCGAGGCACGGAGGACGAGGUCUUGCAGGACCUCGAAAAAAAUUCAGAAAACGUCACAGUGGUGUUUGACGGGGUCAUCGAAGAGAUGAGUAACACCGUUCUAAAAGAUAUCAUGAAUAAAGAAAUCCUAGGGGACGCGAAGGUCCUCACUACCUGCCGACCGGAAGCGGAGGACUGCGAGUUUCUGACCGACUGGCCCUCGUACAGGGUGGAGGUGAAAGGGUUCAACGACAAGUCCAUCCAUGCUUAUUUUAAGUGGAGGUUGGGCACCACAGAACCGAAGGAAUGCAGCAUCCUGAACAACCUAGCUGUGUUUAGCCUGUGUCACGUUCCCAUGUACGCCUUCAUAGUGACCGCUUGCAUCUCCUUCAACCCCUCCGAGGCAGAUCUUCACCCUUGCACGAUAACAGAAAUGUACGUCCGAAUCUUCCGCCAUUGCAUGAAAAUACACGGCGACCAGAAUGUAGAGCAUCUUGACAAAUACAUCCAGGACCACAAGGGCAACAUCAGAUUCCUAGCGCUAAGGUCCUACCAAGCCAUGCUGAAUAAAUCAGUCAACCUAUCAGGACUGGACUGCAAAGACAACAUCCAACAAGCGUUUUUGACGUUCAGCACACAUGGUGCGACCAAAGACCUGUCAACUUCAACGACAGAGUUUCUGUCUUCGUCCUUCCUGCACAACACCAUGCAGGAGUUCUGGGCUGCUCUUUUCCUUUUGAUGACACCAGGCAACAUUAGCGAUGUCCUUCGGAAAUGCAGGACCGAAGACGGAAAGUACCUGAAGUACGUUGUCUGUUUCCUCUGUGGACUCAUGUCCAGCCGCCUCGCGGAGCUCAUGAAUUGUGUCGUGCACGCGGAAGAAAUAAGGAACAUAUCUUAUUCUUACAUGGAAAAGAUCAUAGACACAUUCAUCCAUCCUAGUCGCGACGAAGAUUAUGAUGCAUUGGUCUCCUCAGAAAAUCUCUUGUUUACCUGCCAGUGCCUGUUUGAGCACCAAUCACCUGAAGCCUGUGCAAGCUUCCUGCAGAAGGUCAACUUUGAAUUCAAGCUAUCGGGUGAGGAACUUGACCCCCAGCAGUGCUGUGCCGUCUCCUACGUGAUCAACCAAUCAGAAUGCCAGGUCGUCUGUCUCUACCUAGAUGACUGCGCUAUAUCCGACAGAGGACUGAAACUUUUCCUGAGCUCUCUGGGAAAUAUUGCGCAUCUGAGUCUGGACCCCAUCAGACAGUGUCAGAUGUGGAAAGUGGCUCUCCACCCAGAUACCCAGGCUGAUUUCGACAGAUUGCUAAGAUUAUGUGACGGAGAACUCCACCUGUCUGCUGUCGAGGGACAAAAUGACCAGGGGGUGUUCCAGAGGACAGGAGAGUUUCUGAAGCAGAGGGGAGCAGAGUCUGUGGAACUCUGCCUGCACCUUGACAGAGACACUCCACAUAUUGAUGAAUCCCUGACGAAAGCCAUAUUGGAUAGCCUGCCCAACAUCAACAUAAUCAGAUUUGUUGAUUCAGGUGACAGGAGUAAUUCGUUUGAGGCGUGGGCAAGGUCCUUCCAGCUGGAUCUGUUGUUACAUGGGGCCCUGAAACAGAAAGAGACCGGACACAAAUGCAUGGACCUCCUCCACAGGAUUCUACCAGUGACCAACUCAGACUCCACUGAGAAUAAGACCACUUUUGCUCUGCUUCUGUACCAGCAUGUUAAGUCGUACGAGAACAGCCAGGGUGUGACAGUGCUGCCCGAGCUGUUGCCUGUUUUCCACUCGGUCCCGCCGGUUUGGCAGAUCAGCCUCGCCGACAGUAGGAUCUCCGCUCUCCUGGAUGUGCUGAAGGUGACAGGGGUGAAGAGGCCCAUGGAAGUAGGACUGUCCGAUGAUGACACUGAACUGGGGAAACUGUUAGUGUUUCUGCCAUUCAUUUCACAGCUGAGAUUCAACGACUACAUCCUCAUCCAAUACAGUGACACCCAAUCCAAAACCAUCAAACGGCUUCUGAAUCUUUUCCGGUUGGCAAAACAACAUGAAGACCAGACUGGAGAGCAAACCUUGAAAUUGCUGUCCGAUGUCUGUAGCUACCCAAACUUCCCAUUCGACUGCGGUAACAUGGAACAGGAACAAACCAAAUUUCUCCUCAAUCUGUACUCCUCCGCGGUGGAGUUCCAGUUCGAACCAAAUGAACAAAUCAUCUCAACAAUUCAGACGAUAUUGCUGUCUGCUCCGGCCGUCUGGGUUACCAAUAUGUGUGGGGAAGAGGGUUCUGUUUUACUCACAGUGUUGAAACUUACACAGCAGAAAAGACCUGUUUAUCUGAAGGAUUGGUCCGUGAACUGGACUGAUGAGAACAUAAAGCGAUUCAUCCAAUACUUGCCGCACAUCUCACAACUGUGGGUUUCUCCCCAAGAUGAGAUUGAAGGGCUGGCGAACCACCUCUCCUCGUCUGCCGUCCAGAGGUCCUGUAUAAGGCACCUUUGUGUUUAUAGCGCUCUGGACGACAACGAGACGGGACAGCCGUCUCUGCAAGCUUUACUGACAGCUCUCCAUUCCGCGUACUCAUCUGAGCUCUCAGCCCAACAGUUUUUACGAGACCUUUGCGCAAAGCUGUGUUGCAAAGAGCAGGUCAUCUUUUCAUUGUGUGAGAUAUUGUGCUCCUCCGGUGAUCUGAACACACAGUUAGCCGUCUCCAUCCUCCAAGCCGUCAACUUCAACAUCACUCUGAACGGAUGGUUGACUACAGAAUCCUGCAGAGCGCUGGGUUCUCUCCUGGGGACUGAGAACCUUGUUCCUGAUGGACAACCUCUCAAUAUGACGCUUACCCCAGAGAGUGUCUCCAUUGAAGGAGCCCAGCUGCUCUUCAAACAAGUGAAAGAAAUUCACACUCUUAGAACAAACAACGUUUCUAUACUGAAACUGGCCAGACUGAUAAAGUCAAAGUCAUUUUUUAAUCGUCUGGUAAUCGAGGAGCUGGCUCUCGUCUUUUACUGUUCAAGUUUAACCAAAAGGGUUCAGGGGAGGUUGGUAAGUAGCUUGGUCUCUCUGUUGAGGGUGUGGAGAGUGAAGAUCCUGAACCUGACAGACUGGCCACUCGAAGGGAACUUUCUCACAGCGCUAUUGUGCCUUGAGGCUCCGCUAACUAUCAGAUUGAAUCAGGAGACUCUGCAGAAGUUGGCUCUCAUGGUGUUCCAGGCUCAGGAUAAGGAGCUAACCCAGUGCUUCCUGGAGAAGGUCAACAAUGAUCUCUCCGACAGCACUCUGGAAUGGAAGGUGCUUCUUUACCUGCUGGCGACCACCACCAAUCCCAUCUCCGUCGACCUGAAGAAGAUCCGAGCCGAGCCAGGAGAUCUUCUCCCCCUCUUCAGUAACGCUCGCUUUCAAAGAGUGAACGGCCCCUUUACCAGGACGGUCUUGAGAGCCGUAUACCAACAGCGCGCAGGACAUCUUGUGAACCCUUUUCUGACAUCGACAUGCCAAUGGAUCAACCUCAGUAACCUGUCCCUGGACGUAGAGGACUGCGACGCGUUGCGUUUUGCGCUGCACUACAGCGACGGGGUGAAACUCAACCUCAUGUGGACCAGCAUUCCCGUGGAGAAAAUGGAGAACUUACUUCAGACAUUUACUCUACACAGAAUCACAGAGCUCAGGGUGGACAGGAGGCUCUUGUUGGAUCUGCUGCACAUGGUGGACAAGAUCAGGACAAUGACAGGUGUGGCGGCUGCCAUCUUGGCGGUUCUGCAGCACAAACUAGACCUCUCCUGCUCUUCCUCCAUGGACCUGACCUUGGAAGAGGACCAACUCCACCUGUGUUCUACAGACUGCAAUAUCCUCUGCUCUGCUAUUGAAGACUCCCACACUGACACCGAGCUCAAUAUCACCGACUGUGUGGUAGAAGAUGCUGGACUGGAAGAGCUGUGUCGUGUUUUACCAAGGGUCUGUCUGAGUCUUGGGAAGUCCACUCUGCUGCGACUUUUGCAUCUGGUAGCCGGCAGGCGAGACAGGCUGGCCAUCCCGCUCUUGAACGCCCUGGGCAGGAAGGUAGACCUCAGUCAGACUCCUCUGGACCUGAGGGACUGUUCUUCCCUGGCUCUGGUCCUCGACUCCUCCAAGGACUUGUCAGAACUGGACCUGAACCACUGUGGCCUGAGGGACGAGCAUCUGGACCUUCUGUUCCCCCACCUGCACAAGGCUGAAGUGCUCAGCUUGCAUGACAAUCCGAUCACCAAAGAAGGAUUCGCAAAACUCAACAUGUACAGGAUGGGUUUACUGCAAACCGUGAAUCUCUUGUCCCACAGAUCAGACAAUGAAGAGUCCUCUGAUUCUCAGGAAUGUUUGGCACGAGUGAAGAUGGAACCCUUUGAGGCACUCACCACGGUCGGAUACCCAAGAGAUGUCGGAUACGUUACAUAUUUCCACAGCACUGAGGAAUUUGCUCCUUCUGUUUCAAAUAUGUCGUACAGGUACACGUGUCCUUCCGCCGGGCACUUCAGGUGCAGGGCCACGGGGCUGGUGUUUGGAAUGUUGGGAGAAGGAAGUGUGGAGUACUACCCUGAACACUGGGACGAGAGGAUCCUGACCAACAGUGGCUAUGAACCAGCAGGGCCCCUGUACUGCAUCACCAGCCCAGAGACACUCAUGUAUCGACUGGACCUGCCACACUGUGAGACUGACGUGUAUGCAGCGGAGAACCUCCGAGUGCUGCAUGUGAGCCGUGAGCAGAGGGAGUUCCUGUACCCUCAGAUGGUGACCCACCAUCACGUCAGCGUCACCAUACAUGGACUCUCACGGUUUGCUCUCGUCCGGAAAAACAAGUUCUCCAACCACCCUGUUAAAGGACAGGUGUUGUUCUUCCUGGAACCCAAAGUGACGGCCAAUCAGAACAGGCUCUGGGUGUUCCUGAUCCCGAGGAAUGUUCCGUUCUUACAGGUGGUGGAGAGUAACAAGAAGUAUGCAUACGUCAAGACAAGCUCCAACUGUAUGUUCAGACCCAAAGCCAAAUAUACUUUGAUGUCUGACCUCCAACACGACUUUCAACUACAGCCCAAGUCCGAGCCAGCAUGCCUCAUUCGAGCUGUUUCUGAGUUCGGGGAUCUCAGAACUCAAUCUGACGAUUGUGGAAAAGACCAAACUGAAGAUGCUUCGCCGCUGGUGUCGCCGGCUCAUUCUCAAAGCUUCCUCUGCGUCAGAAAACAAAGUCUCCAGUGAAGGUAACCACGGACGCCGAUGGAUCAACACAUUGUGCAACA